AUGAGCACGUGGUCAGAGGAAGUGCCAGAUGGAGUGCCAAACCGACCAACCCAGAUGCCAGUGAACACCCGAGCCAUGCCUGUGGCCGUCACUGAUGCUAAAGGGAUGACCUCUGGCCACCUGGUGGUUUGGUCCACCGUGGCAGGCCAUUCAGAGAUGGACAGCCGUGACACUCACGUCCCUCCUGACGGGACUGGGGGAGAGGAGCCAGGCCAAUACCCAGCAUCAGGCCCUAGCACCCACGAGCUGGAGAAGCAAGUAGCAGACGAGCCUGUGGCCUCACCACUGCCCGACCCAGACCCGAAACUCCCCAGCACCCCAGAUCAGUCACCAGUGGAAUCGGCUCCCCCCACACUGAAGGAGGACACCCCCCCUGAGAGGGAGCCCCCAGAGGAGGCUGACAUAGGAGAGGAGCUGGAAAAGCAGCUGGAAGACAUCAUCAGGACCUACAGGGGCUCCGGGGAAAACUCAAAGGGAAAGGAGGCUGAAGAAGAGGCAGAGGGGUGUGAGGCUUUAAACAAUGAAGAAGUGGAGACCCAGGAAGAUGGGGAGAAGGAGUUGCCAGGUCCUACAGCCACUGGCGAUACUAACAAGGAGAUGGGUAAGGAACAGAAGCCGGACAAGAAGAAACUGAAGGGACUGGGGAAGGAGGUUGCGACUUUGAUGCAGACUCUGAACAAGAUAAGCUCACCUGAGGAGAGGCAAGAAAUCCUGUUGCUGAAGUACUCAGAACUGCUGGAGGAGUACCGGGCUGAGCAGAAACAGAGGAAGUCACUCCAGAGGAAACAGGUUCAGCUCACCAAGGAGAAGGACCACCUGCAGAGUGAGCACACCAGGGCAAUCCUGGCCCGCAGCAAGCUUGAGAGUCUGUGCCGGGAACUUCAAAGACACAACAAGACCCUCAAGGAGGAGAGUUUGCAGCGGGCGAGGGAAGAGGAGGAAAAACGCAAAGAGGUGACCAAACACUUCCAGGACACCCUGGCCGAUAUCCAGUCCCAGAUAGACCAGCAAACCCAGCGGAACGUCAAACUGUACGAGGAAAACACCGAGCUCUCCAGCAAGCUGAAAGACAUCAUUGAACAAUACGACUUGCGAGAGGAGCACUUCGAGAAGGUCUUCAAGCACAGGGAGCUACAGCAACAACUGGCAGAUGCAAAACUCCAACAGGCACAAGAAUUGCUGAAGGACGCCGAGGAGCGACAUAGCCAAGAACGGGAAUAUCUCCUGACCCAGGCCGCAGAGUGGAAGGUGCAAACCAAUAUGAUGAAGGAACAAGAGACGCUGCUGAAGGCCCAGCUGAAACUGUACUCAGAGAAGUUUGAGGACUUCCAGGGGACACUGGCAAAAAGCAAUGAGACAUUCUGCAGCUUCAAGCAAGACAUGGAAAAGAUGACAAGAAAAAUGAAGAAGGUUGAAAAGGAGACAUUAAUGUGGAAGACCAAGUGGGAAUCCUGCAAUAGAGCUCUCCUGGGUAUGAUCGAGGAGAGGGAAAUGCGCUCCAAGGAAUACGAGUGCUUCCAGCUGAAGAUCAAGAGGCUGGAGAACUUGUGCAGGGUCCUGCAGGAGGAGAGAGCAGAGCUCUACAAGAGAAUCGUGAACGUGCGGAGCAAGGCAGAGGGGACGGAAACCCUGGAUGAUGAUGAGGCAGACUUCGGAGAGGGGGAAGUGGGCUCCACCACAGGUUUUGGUUGGGGGGGAAGGCAACUACAAGACUUUCCUGCGGCAGCUGACACACACUCCACAGAAGGUGGGCAGGAUGACGAUGGUUCCCCAUGGAUCCAGCUGGCCAAGCCACCGUUACUGGAGCAGCCAGAGCUGAUAAGGGCUGUGGGUUCAGUCCCACCAACAACGCCUGAGUCAGGCUCAGAGUUAUCUCCCGCUCCACUGCCUGUUUCUGCUCCCAAUCUUGUCCCUGUUCCAGCUCCGGUCCCUUCUCCAGAUUUUGCCUCUCUUCUGGCUUCAGCUCCCAGUCCCUUCAGUCCUCUCACUCCCGCAAUCACUCCACUUCCUGCUCCCACUACCAGUCCCAGUCCAGCUCUCAUUCCCACUACUGCUCCAGUCCUGCAUCCUGUUUUCGAUCCAGUUACCACUCUGGCUCUUGCUCCAGUUCCCAGUCCCACUGUUGAUCCUGCUCCAACUCCUACUAAAGUUCCAGUUUCCACUCUAGAACCUGCUGUAGUUCCCCCACUAGAUCCACAUCUGGUUCCAGCGCCACUUGCUUUUCCUGCUGCAGCUCCCUCUCUAGUUCCUGCUCCAGAGAUCCAGACUCCAGUUCCUACUCCAGAGAUCCAGACUCCAGUUCCUACUCCAGAGAUCCAGACUCCAGUUCCUAUCCCAGAGAUCCAGACUCCAGUUCCUGCUCCAGUUCCUACUCUAGAGAUCCAGACUUCAGUUCCUACUCCAGAGAUCCAGACUCCAGUUCCUACUCCAGAGAUCCAGAUUCCAGUUCCUAUCCCAGAGAUCCAGACUCCAGUUCCUAUCCCAGAGAUCCAGACUCCAGUUCCUGCUCCAGAGAUCCAGACUCCAGUUCCUAUCCCAGAGAUCCAGACUCCAGUUCCUAUCCCAGAGAUCCAGACUCCAGUUCCUGCUCCAGAGAUCCAGACUCCAGUUCCUAUCCCAGAGAUCCAGACUCCAGUUCCUAUCCCAGAGAUCCAGACUCCAGUUCCUGCUCCAGAGAUCCAGACUCCAGUUCCUGCUCCAGAAAUCCAGACACCAGGGGCUGCUCCAGAGAUCCAGACUCCAGUUCCUGCUCCAGUUCCUAUUCCAAAAAUCCAGACUCUAGUUCCUGCUCCAGGUCCUAUUCCAGAGAUCCAGACUCCAAUUCCUGCUCCAGUUCCUAUGCCAGAGAUCCAGACUCCAGAUCCUGCUCCAGUUCCUACUCCAGAGAUCCAGACUCCAGUUCCUAUCCCAGAGAUCCAGACUCCAGUUCCUAUGCCAGAGAUCCAGAGUGCAGUUCCUGCUCCAGUUCCUAUGCCAGAGAUUCCUGCUCCUGCUCCCACUCUGGGUCAAACAGGACUUACCACAGCAGAGACAACAGCUGCUCAGGAAGAGGGGUCAGAGGGAAUGGAAGUCACAGAUGUGAAUGCUGUUGACUGA